AUAUCUACACAAGUAUGAAGACAGUUGAGAGGAAUAACUGACGAUCCAGUGAGACGACGAUAAACUCUGAUGUGGAAACGUAUGUUGUGGUUCACUGGAGAUACCUAAAGUCUGAGGAACUGAAGUCAUCUGAUUAGUUUUGGACAUGAAAUAUCGAGCUGUUUUGCAGUUCAGUGCAGUAAUUGUUGUACUCCUCAUAACAUGGGGGAUCUCCAAUAAUUCAUUUGAUGUAAACCAGACAGCAUUAAAUAUUUUUGUUUCAGAAGAGCCUGUAGAGAAGCCAAAGUGCGGCCUCUCCAGAGCAUGUCCACUGGAUAGUUUUGCUUUACACGUCACAAGUGGAGCAGCCACUGUUGUCGGGCCAAAGAUUUGCUUCGAGGGUCAAAUAAUCAUGAGUACUGCACUGAAUAACGUAGGAGUGGGACUGAACAUUGUAGUGGUGAAUGGUGAUUCUGGAUUUGUGGAAAAAGCUUCGUAUCUCAAUACGAAAUUUGGAGUCGCAGAAGACAUUUUGGCGUACCUGAAAGAAAUUAAACCUGGAAGGAUUGUCUUGGUGGGAACAUUUGAUGACGUGACACCGAAACUGACAGACGAAAUGAGGGAGAUUUUUGUCAGGAUGGGAAGCACUUUGAUCAAGUCUUUAAAAAGCAAAGACAGCUGGGCAUUCGCUGGAAGAGCAGGAACACGCAACAAAAGCCUGUUUGAAAAGCUCGCUGUUAACAACGCGAACACAAACAUUUAUGAAGGAUGGCCGGCGAUGGUGUCGGUCAGUGGCUGCUUUCCCAAGAACACAGUAACAGAGAAACCUUAAACUGUCAGGAAGUUUAUAGUAAAAA